ACUACAAGCAUGCAUUUGUACUGAAGCAUCCCUUAUCGAAUACAGGCUCGAGACAGCAAUUUCCUCCAUGUCCAGCUGGCCUUUCAUGUUCAAAUGCCGCCCGGCGCCGUCAAAUGCGCUUUCAUCCAUCGCGCCGACCAGCGCGGAUGCCUUCCUUUCUCGUACGCUGUCUCCGCGAUGCUCGCCCGCCGCGGUCCCCCUCGCCGUGUUGCCAGUCCUCGCCUCCGCGCCAUGGGCCCUCCCCUCCUCCCCGCCGCCGCCCUCGUGCUUCUCACCGCCUGCUGCUGCCUCCUCCCCGCCCCCGCUGCCGCGCAAGGAGGCGCAUCCAGCGGCGGUGAAUCCGGCGCAGGACACGGCGAGCAAGGGCUGACGUGGCACCAGGCGUGGCAGGAGGCCUAUGAGUUGACGCCAGGCUCGAUUCUGCCGCCCCUCGCCAUCGCCCUGCCGCCCGGCGUGCCGCCCGCGCCGCACCUGGAGGAGUGCACGGCGCGCACGGCGGCCAGGGCGCGCGCAGAGAAGCGGGGGGAGGGGGGGGAGGCGCCGCCAUGGACCGCGCCCUCGCAGUGCUGCGGAUGCUCCCCCCAGCCGCCGUGGGUGCGCGGUGACGACGCAGCCAAUCUCCCGCUGACCCGUGUCGCCCAAACACACAUCUGGCUGCACCAGUUCCCCCCUUCCUGCGACCACCGCCGCCUGCUGCUUGCUGAUUGGCCUCAGCUAGAUGCUGACGUGGCAGCAGGCGGGGCAGGGGAGGCAGGAGGGGCAAGCAGCGUGGAGGGCAUGGCGGGGGAGGUGCAUGUGGUGGGGGGCCUGCUGGGGGCGGCGCUGCUGUUCAACCGCACGCUCGUGAUCACUCCGGGCUCCUUCCCCCACGCCAACCACUCCGCUUGCUCCGCCACCCCAGCGUCCCUGGCGUGUUUCUUUGCGCCGCUCACCGUGCCUCCCUGCCAGCAGGCAGCAGCGGACGCCAUGGCUGCUGCUGCCUCCAGCCCACAGUCCGUGCCCUCCCUCGCGUGCGCCCCCCACGCCGCUGAGGCCCACCAGGCCGCUGAGGCGGCUGGUGCAACGGCCAGCGGGUCCUCUCAGGGGCUGGAUGAGUUAGAGGCCCUGCUGGCGUCACCAGAUGUGGUGGUGCGGGUCUGCACAGGGGCGUUGAGCAGGCACCAACUGCUGCUGCUGGCCAACGAAUCACGAGUCGCCACGCAGUGGGGCCCAGCCACCUCCCAGGCGACGCACUCUGUGGAGAUUGCAGGAGUGGUGGCGGCGCCCGAUGGACCGAGGGAGCAGCUGCACUGGUGGCGAUCUCAGGCCGCCCACUUCCUCUUCCGCUGGCCGUCCGCCCACCUCUGCCACAUCACCAACCUUAUCCGCCAUGUCAGCUACGGCCGCUACAUUGCUGCUCAGAUGCACUCUGCCGCCCAGCAGCAGGCCGCCAUCAUCCACACCCUCUCUGUCGGCCCAUCCGAGGCUGACAAGAGCCUCGGAAUCGACACGGCUGCCGAGGCUAAGUUCCUUGCCUCGGUGGACAUCAGGUCUGGGCCAAGUCUGGAGGGUCGGGUCUGGCCGGCAUUAGGGUUUGAAGGCUGUGUGAAGGCAAAUGAGGGGAGCUGGGGCGGGAGUGUGAUUAUUGACGAGGUGUAUGAGGGAGUGGGGAGGGAGGCUUACAUUAUGCGGCCGGUAGUGAGUGUGCACGUGAGUGCGGGUGGUGCUGGGGAGGUUGCUGGAGAAGCAGGGGAGGCGGUGGCUACAGCAGGCAACAGCAGUGGAGCGCAUCCCAACCCCUCAGGGCCAACCUCGUCCAACCCACGACCAGACCUCCCCGCCUUCAUGUUCUUGGCUCAUCGCCUGCACCGCCACGUGCCCCACCUGCGUCACGUGUGGUUGACAACCACUGUGCCUGAUGUGACCGAUGACCUUUCGGAGCACCAUGGCUGGACGUUUCACAGUGCGGGAGGAGGGAGCUUGGGUGCGCAUGAUGCGCAGGCACCCCCCUCUGGCUUGGACAGCAGCCUGGCCAGUGCAAUGGGCGUCAUGGCAAGCACUUUCUCCCAGCUUCUCAUUGCAUCAGAAUGCGAUUACUUUGUGGGCGCUCUCAGCUCCCCAAGCGCCAUGUUGAUAAACGAGCUUAGAAGCACCAAUGGGAGGCAACAGUCUGGAUUCAUUUCCUUGGAUUAAUGACAGUGCCUUUGGAUCACAGAAGA